AUGUCAGAACAACAAUUAAUUGAAACUCAAAAGAACUGGAUCCCACUCGAAGCCAACCCAGAUGUUUUAACUUCAUUUAUGCAAAAUUUAGGUGUUUCUAAAGAUUGGGAAUUCUGUGAUAUAUAUGGUACCGAAGAUGAAUUAUUAGAUAUGGUACCAAAACCAUGUGCUGCUGUAUUGUUAUUAUUCCCAAUUACAAAUGCUUAUGAAGAAAAAAGAAGAAUAUUACAAGAAGAAAUUAAUAAAAAUGGUCAAAUUUUAUCAGAUAAUGUUUAUUUUAUGAAACAAUAUAUUGGUAAUGCAUGUGGAACAAUUGGUGUUAUUCAUUCAGUUUUAAACAAUUCAGAUGUUAUAGAAUUCAAUGAAGAUGGUUUCUUUAAACAAUUUUUAGAAAAAACUGGCUCCCUAACUACCGAAGAAAGAGCCAUUUCAUUAAUGCAAAAUUCAGAAAUCGAAAAAUCACACGAAAUCAGUGCUCAACAAGGUCAAUCAUCUGUACCAAGUGAAGAUGAAAUAAUCGUUUUACAUUUUGUCUCAUUUGUUCAUGUCGAUGGUCACUUAUAUGAAUUAGAUGGUAGAAAACCAUUUGCAGUUAAUCACGGUCCAUCAACACAAGAAACACUAUUAAAAGAUGUUGCAACUGUCUUAAAUAAAAUGAUUGAAGAAAAUCCAGAGGAAAUUAGAUUUAAUUUAAUGGGUUUAGUUAAAAAACAACAAGAGGAAGAGGAAGAAAAAAAAGAAGAAAACUAA